UCUACAUAAAAAAGUAAAUUGCUAAAAGAGGUGGGUGGAGUGCUUGGUCGAAAGUUGAAACAUCCCCAAUUGGGGGGAUUCUAGAGAGACCUUUGCGUUGUGUAUUUAAAGAGGAAAAAGGGCCAUGGCUGGUCAGUCGUUCCCCUUUCUUUUACCCUCAUAUUCAAAACCCUCGCAGUGUUUUAGGCCUAAACUGACAAACCCCAGGUGGGUAUACUCGUAGCAGUAUAAAAAGAGAGGGAAGCAUAGCAAUUUCAAAGUCUCCCUCUCACUACUUCUUUCUCUCACAUCGAUCUUCUCUCUACCCUUUCUCGUGCUUCAAUCUGAAGCUGUCUUGUUUGUUCUUUUCCGUCUACAAUCCGGGUAUUCGGUCUCCGUGCUUUUGUACACUCUAGGGUUUCGUUCGUACUCUUUCGAGGGGUUUUAAGAAACCCACCCCUACAGUUUCAACUAGGGUUUUACUUUAUAAUCUUACUUGAUCCCUCUGCGAUGGCGGCGGAGAAGCUUAGGGACUUGAGUCAGCCGAUUGAUGUUGCGUUACUUGAUGCUACCGUUGCAGCCUUUUAUGGCACUGGAUCUAAAGAGGAGAGGACUGCUGCUGACCAUAUACUGCGCGAAUUGCAAAAUAAUCCAGACAUGUGGCUUCAAGUGGUUCACAUCCUAUCAAACACACAAAACUUGAACACCAAGUUCUUCUCUUUACAGGUUCUUGAAGGUGUCAUCAAGUACAGGUGGAACGUAUUGCCUGUUGAGCAACGAGAUGGAAUGAAAAACUACAUUUCUGAUGUUAUUGUAAAGCUUUCAAGCAACGAGGGCUCUUUCCGCCAAGAAAGGUUAUAUGUUAAUAAACUUAACAUUAUUCUAGUUCAGAUUUUGAAGCAUGAGUGGCCAGCCAGGUGGCGAAGUUUCAUUCCUGAUCUGGUUACAGCAGCAAAAACAAGUGAAACUAUUUGUGAGAACUGCAUGGCUAUACUGAAACUUUUAAGUGAGGAGGUGUUUGACUUUUCAAGGGGUGAAAUGACCCAACAGAAGAUAAAAGAGCUGAAACAAUCUUUGAACAGCGAGUUUCAACUCAUUCAUGAGCUAUGCUUAUAUGUACUUUCAGCAUCUCAAAGAACUGAGCUGAUCAGGGCCACUUUAGCCACUUUGCAUGCUUUUCUUUCAUGGAUCCCUUUGGGAUAUAUUUUUGAGUCUCCACUGCUGGAAACACUUCUUAAGUUUUUUCCUGUGCCAUCAUAUCGGAAUCUGACCCUACAGUGUUUGACCGAGGUUGCAGCUCUUAACUUUGGGGAUUUCUACAAUAUGCAAUAUGUAAACAUGUAUAACAUAUUCAUGGUCCAGUUGCAGACUGUUCUCCCCACAACUACAAAUAUACCUGAUGCAUAUGCAAAUGGCUCUAGUGAGGAACAGGCAUUUAUUCAGAAUCUAGCAUUGUUUUUCACUUCAUUUUACAAGUUUCAUAUUCGUGUACUGGAGUCUACACAAGAAAACAUCAAUUCACUUUUAACGGGGUUGGAGUAUCUCAUAAACAUUUCAUAUGUUGAUGACACGGAGGUUUUUAAGGUUUGCUUGGAUUACUGGAAUUCACUUGUGUUGGAGCUUUUUGAGGCAAACCACAAUCUUGAAAAUGCAAACAUGAUGGGGCUGCAUAUGCCACUGCUUGGUAUGGUUGAUGGCCCAGGGACACAAUUGUUGCAAAGAAGGCAACUUUAUGCGGGGCCCAUGUCUAAGUUAAGAUUACUUAUGAUAUCUCGCAUGGCAAAGCCUGAAGAGGUUCUCAUUGUGGAGGAUGAAAAUGGGAAUAUUGUUCGUGAAACCUUGAAGGACAAUGAUGUCCUUGUUCAGUAUAAGAUUAUGAGGGAGACACUUAUCUACUUGUCACAUCUUGACCAUGAUGAUACUGAAAAACAGAUGCUGAAGAAACUGAGUAAACAGUUGAAUGGUGAGGAUUGGACUUGGAAUAACUUGAAUACACUAUGUUGGGCAAUUGGAUCUAUCUCAGGGUCCAUGAUGGAAGACCAGGAGAAUAGGUUUCUUGUUAUGGUCAUUCGUGAUCUACUGAAUCUCUGUGAAAUAACAAAAGGAAAGGACAACAAAGCUGUUAUCGCGAGUAAUAUCAUGUAUGUUGUUGGACAAUAUCCAAGAUUCUUGCGGGCCCAUUGGAAGUUUUUGAAAACAGUUGUGAACAAGUUGUUUGAGUUCAUGCAUGAAACACAUCCAGGAGUUCAGGAUAUGGCUUGUGAUACAUUUUUGAAGAUUGUACAGAAAUGCAAGCGCAAAUUUGUCAUAGUCCAGGUUGGAGAGAAUGAGCCGUUUGUUUCAGAACUUCUUACAACUCUUCCAACAACCAUUGUUGACCUUGAGCCUCACCAGAUACAUACGUUUUAUGAAUCAGUUGGUCAUAUGAUUCAAGCAGAAUCUGAGGCAACAAAACGUGAUGAGUAUCUGCAGAGGCUGAUGGAUCUUCCCAAUCAGAAAUGGGUGGAAAUCAUAGGACAUGCACGUGGAAAUGUGGAUUUCUUGAAAGAUCAAGAUGUUAUUAGGACUGUGCUUAACAUAUUGCAGACAAAUACAAGUGCUGCCACUGCACUUGGAACACAUUUCUUACCACAAAUAACUCUAAUCUUUUUGGACAUGCUUAAUGUUUACAAAAUGUACAGUGAACUUAUAUCAUCUGGCAUUGCUGAAGGGGGGCCCUUUGCUUCUAAAACAUCCUAUGUGAAGCUUUUGAGGUCAGUGAAGAGGGAAACCCUUAAGCUGAUUGAGACGUUUCUGGAUAAGGCUGAAGAUCAACCACAGAUUGGGAAGCAAUUUGUGCCCCCAAUGAUGGAUCCUGUGCUUGGUGACUAUGCAAGAAACUUGCCUGAUGCUAGAGAAUCAGAAGUUUUAUCUCUCUUUGCCACAAUUAUAAACAAGUACAAGGGUGCAAUGAUAGAUGAUGUUCCUCGUAUAUUUGAAGCUGUUUUCCAGUGUACACUUGAGAUGAUUACCAAGAAUUUUGAAGAUUACCCUGAACACAGACUCAAGUUCUUUUCAUUACUUCGGGCCAUUGCUACUCAUUGUUUUCAAGCUUUAAUCUUGUUGUCACCCGAGCAAUUAAAGCUGGUAAUGGAUUCUGUGAUGUGGGCUUUUCGACACACUGAGAGAAACAUUGCAGAAACUGGGCUUAAUCUUUUGUUGGAGAUGCUUAAAAACUUUCAGAAGUCGGAGUUUUGUAAUCAAUUCUACCGGUCUUACUUUGUGCUGAUUGUGCAAGAAAUAUUUGCUGUGCUGACUGACACAUUCCAUAAACCGGGUUUUAAGCUGCAUGUGUUGGUGCUGCAGCACUUAUUCUGCCUGGUGGAAUCUGGCUCAUUGACUGAGCCUUUGUGGGACGCCUCAACUGUUUCUUAUCCGUAUCCAAACAACGGCAUGUUUGUGAGAGAGUACACUAUUAAGCUUCUUGGUGCCUCUUUUCCCAAUAUUCCAGCAUCUGAGGUUGCAAAAUUUGUGAAUGGACUGUUUGAGUCGAGAUCCGACCUUUCUACAUUUAAGAACCACAUACGGGACUUCCUCGUGCAGUCUAAAGAAUUUUCAGCACAGGACAACAAGGAUCUAUAUGCAGAAGAAGCAGCUGCUCAAAAAGAAAGAGAAAGACAGCGAAUGCUUAGCAUUCCUGGACUUAUUGCCCCCAAUGAGAUUCAAGAUGAAAUGGUUGACUCAUAGAAGAAGACACCGACUAAUUAAUAUAAUAUGAAUGUAGCUAAUUUUCCUUCCUUCCUUUGUUUUCUUUUUGUUACUACUUGUGGCAGAGUGUGAUUCUGCCUUUGCUAAAUCCCCAAAAAACUAGUAAAGUAGAUGGCUCAAAUUUUUCUCUAAUUGUGAGGUGAGCUGAGUACAAAGAGUCAGACAGAGAGAGAGAGAGAGAGAGAGAGAGAGAGAGAGAGGGCUUUUGGGCACAUCUAAAUUUAAUGUGUGGCUGGUGGUGUAGAGCAGCGUUGGUAGUGGUAGUGGUAGGUGGGUGGGUGUUUUUAUUUUUAUGUAGGAAAAUAUAGGGGAAUUGUGUGCGUCGGAAUUGUGUUUGGAGGGAGAUACAUACAUACAUACUUGUAAUGUAUGGGAAUCAUCAUUUUUAUACUACAUUGGUGAAUAUUCGCUUACAAUUCCUUCGGCUCUUCACAUUAUUUUCAUGUUUCCUUGUGCUUGUGGUUGAUUGAAAGUUGCAACAAAUUGUUUUUUAUUUUGUUCAAAGUCUAG